CACUGUACUUCCGUCAGGAGAUGCUCGCCCGCUAGAGGUGGUAUUAUUCUACACACAAAGAGUCAAACAACAGUUUACGAUAACGUUACAACAUUUAACAUGCAUUUCAAUUCUUCUCGAAGAAAUUAAAGGUGGUUGUCCCUGUAGUAACUUAUGCAGCAGUGAUGGCUGUAUAUGUCCACAACAAGGGUAUACCGUGGGAGGUCCAGCAGAAUGGCACCCUGGCACCAGUGGACCGUCUCCGCAACGAGAGGUCUGAAAGCCCCACUCCAGGCCUGGUGGUGGGCACAGAACCAGGUGCUGGCCAGAAAAGUGCCAUGUUUGUUCAUGCACAGUCCUUUGAGGACCUGACUGCUGACAGUGAGCCGACUACUGAGCCAGAGCCUGAAGGAGAGACUGUGAUUGGAGAGUCAGCAGAGGAGGAGGCUCUAUGUCUGGGGGCUGAGCAGGAGACCCAGGAGGAACAGCAGCCGGAGGUGGAGGUAGAGGAGGAGCGCCCAGAAAACAGGAGUAAGGAAGAGGAUGUGUGCAGUGAGGUCUGGCGUAGCCACAGGAAGCAUGUGUUUGUACUGAGCGAGGCAGGCAAGCCCAUCUACACCCGCUACGGCACAGAGGAAGCCCUCUCCAGCACCAUGGGGGUCAUGAUGGCACUGGUCUCUGUCGUGGAGGCAGAUAAGAAUAUAAUCCGCUCCAUUCACGCAGAUGGUUACAAAGUGGUGUUCCUUCGCAAAACUCCUCUGGUCCUGGUGGGUGUGUCCCGGACCUGUCAGUCAGACAGAGAGCUGACGCGUGAGUUGCAGUACAUCUACUACCAGAUUGUCAGCCUGCUCACCCUCACCCAGCUCAACCACAUCUUCCAGCACAAGCAGAACUACGACCUGCGCCGCCUACUGGCAGGUUCCGAGCACCUCACUGACAACCUGCUGCGUCUGCUGGACCGCGACCCGGGCCUGCUCCUCAGUGCUGUCACCUGCCUCCCCCUGGCCAGCUCCACCCGCGACCUGGUCUCCUCCAGCCUUCAGGCCGCCAAGGCCAAGAGCUUGGUCUUCUCCAUCCUCCUGGCUGGGGACCGUCUGGUCACCCUGGUGCGCAAGAAGGACCAGUACCUGCACCACAUGGACCUGCACCUGCUCUUCAACCUGGUGGGCUCCUCGUCAUCUUUCCGCGAUGGCGAAGGCUGGACGCCCAUCUGCCUCCCUAAAUUCAACACUGCUGGCUUCUUCCAUGCCCACAUCUCCUACCUGGAGCCUGCCUCUGACCUAUGCCUCAUCCUGGUGUCCACCGACCGGGAAGACUUCUUUAACCUGUCUGAUUGCAAGCGCCGCUUCCUGGAGCGGCUGAGCCGACGCACUGCCUACCAGUCCCUGAAGGAGGCGCUGAAGUGCCCCAGCUACUCUGUCACCCAAGUCGGCAUCCCAGAGCUCAGGCACUUUCUGUACAAGUCCAAGAGCUCAGGGCUCUACACUAGCCCUGAGCUGCCCUUGCCAUAUCAAUCUUUAGAGGAGCAGGAGAGGCUGAUGGGAUUGUACCAGUACCUCCACAGCCGCUUGCACCAACCGACACGUCCCCUGCGCUCCAUCUACCGCUGUGGAGAGACUGAGAACUUGCUGGCCUGGGUGACCAGUGGCUUUGAGCUCUACCUCUGUUUCAGUCCUCUUGGGACCAAGGCCAUGGCCGUGGCUGCUGUUAAUAAGCUGCUGAAGUGGAUCAGGAGGGAGGAGGACCGCCUCUUCAUCCUUAGUCCCCUGACAUACUGAGCCCCCAUCUGAACUAGCUACAGUUCAAAGAAGCACUGACACUCUAAACUCGCCUCAUGACGUUGAAGUCUGAUGGACACCAUUGGAGGCCAUGGAUAUAAUGCCAACAAACCAUCAUGCAUCACUGUUGUGCAUAUGCAGUCUGUGUUUGCUCUUUGCAGACCCUUCAGUCUAUGGUCAUCAGGGGGUCCAAUGAGGUCAUCACAAUGAGGGUACAGCUAUGUUUUAUCAAACAUAAUUUUUUGAUUUUAAUUGUUUGCUUCAAUUACGGUGAUUGCCCUAUGGGAAUUGAGAGUUACGCAGCAGACAUUUCAAUUAAUAACAAUAACAUCUGUGAUGCUGUCCGUGUUGCUGUAAGAUGAUUAUUUUAAACUCACUGUAUGGAAUCACUACCUGGACGUGAGGAAUGCUGUGUGUUGUUUUAGCAGUAACCUACAAACAUAGCCAAUAGAGACUGACUAUCUUGAAAAGGAACUACAUUUGUUUUUAUCUAACUCUAGUAUGCGCCUGAGGGGCUGAUUUAUGUUUACCAAGAUGCUCUUGCUUGGCUAGGGGAUGCAUGUCAAGGGCAACGGUUAACUUUCUGGGGAAAGCACAUUCCUGUGACUCAAUAGAGUCAAUAUUGUCAAUAGUACCUUAUAGUUAGCCCAAUAAUUGAUGAAACAAAAGAAAGAUUAAUCUCACUUAAUGACUGUAAUGCAGUUAGCCCCAUGCGCUCUACUUAGGCACAUAUGCGCAUACUUAAAAAUAAUGAAAUGAAUAAGUAUAUAUUUUUUGUCUGCAUACUGCAAGAGUAAUGUGAAAAUUCUACCAUGAUUACUGUUUUGUUUCUCAAAAGAUUGUUUUUUAAUGAUUA